AUUGGAGGGCGGGACCGAGCUUCCUGCUCCGCCCCGCCGGGUCCCAGUCCUCAGGCACGAGUCUCGCAGCCACAGCAACGGCCUCUCAGAGGCGGCCGGACAGAACCUCGACGGUCGAACCAACGACUGAAUCCCAGAGUACAGGACAGAUGGACACCUUCAGCACCAAGAGCCUGGCCCUCCAGGCCCAGAAGAAGCUCCUGAGCAAGAUGGCCUCCCGGGCAGUGGCGUCCGCCUUCAUCGACGACACCAGCAGCGAGGUGCUGGACGAGCUGUACCGCGCCACCAAGGAGUUCACCCGCAGCCGCAAGGAGGCCCAGAAGCUGGUCAAGAACCUGGUCAAGGUGGCAGUGAAGCUGGGCGUUCUGCUGCGCGCCGGGCAGCUGGGCGCCGAGGAGCUGGCGCGGCUACAGCGCUUGCGGCAGCAGGCGCGCCGUCUGGCCAUGACUGCUGUCAGCUUCCACCAGGUGGACUUCACCUUCGACAGGCGCGUGCUGGCCGCCGCCCUGCUUGAGUGCCGGGACCUGCUGCACCAGGCGGCUGGCGCACACCUAACCGCCAAGUCCCACGGCCGCAUCAACCACGUGUUCGGCCACCUGGCCGACUGCGACUUCCUGGCGGCCCUCUACAGCCCCGUGGAGCCCUACCGCUCCCACCUGCGCCGGAUCUGCGACGGCCUCACCCGGAUGCUGGAUGAGGACAGCAUAUGAUGACCUCCGACCCCGCUGCGGUUGCCUGCGGGGGGGCGGGGCUCGAAGUGGGGCGGAGCUAACCCUUUCCUUCCUAUCUGACUCUGGCCAAUCACCCCUCCUCCAACACAUACACACAGGUGACUGCAGCUCCAAGGACCCGGGUCCCCUGUCCUCGGGCCCAAUCUCACCGGGCUCGGAGCCCGGCUCAGUCUGCCUGUGCCUGCGGCCUCCCCCAGGCACCUGGAGACCUCUGCCUGCUGUGGCACCAUCUGAACAAUGCCCCUUGAGCCACUGUCUGUACCCCUCAAAUCACUGGGUGUCUCUGACAGCUGGGGGCUUCUCACUUCAGUGUUGCUUGGGCUUUUUCAUUCCCGCAGAGAGGGUUACAGGGAACCAAGAGGGGGUGUUACAGAGUGAGCUGUAACCUCCCAUUUCCCAGAUGGAAGUCCUAACCCCUGGGACCUGUGAAUAUGACCUGAUCUGAAAAUAGGGUGAUUGCUGAUGUGAUUGGUUGCAGUGAGUUCAUAUUGGAGCUGGGCAGCCCCUAAUCCACAUGACUGGGUCCUUUUGAGAAGGGGACAUGUGGAGACAGUCUCAGAGGGAGAAUGCUAUGUGAAGGUGGAGGCAGAGACUGGGCGGAUGUGUCUACAAGACAAGGAAUGCCAAGAGCUGCAAGCCAGCACCAGAAGCUGGGAGAGAGCCUGGGACACCGGCCAGGCCCACACCUUGAUGUUGGGCCUCCCGAGCUGAGCAAACAAGCUUCCGUUGUGUCAGCCUCCCAGGCUGGGCACUUUGCUCCGCACCUUAGGAAAUGAGGCCAGGGAGCCGUGGUGAGAGCUGUGGUGGGCUCAGGCCUACUGGCGAGGAUGCCCCUCUGUCUGCUUGGCAUCGUGGCCCUGACUCCCAGGAGGGAGGGGUUGGAGUGCACCUCUGAUGGGAGGCCGUCGGGAAAGCCAUCUUAGACGCAUGCCUGUUUUUAAAGGAUCAUUUCAUAUUUGGGAAACAAAUACACAUAACACUUGUUUUUAUGACAGGCCUCAGAGACAAAGCUCAACAAACCUUGGCUUUGGCAACACCCAGCAGGUGGGACAAUGCUUAACUUGGGGCACGGAUGGACACGUGGGGGUGUGGGGAGGUAUUUGCAAUUUGGUCAGAAGUGGGCAGAGGUUUUAAAAGAUUGCAAACCCUGCUGCAGGUCUGGCUGUGUCCGGUUGUUCUGAGCACCCUGGGGGGAGGGGGGAACUGUGUCCGUUUCUGUAGAACCUGGUCUGCUUAGGGGAAACGUUGCCAACAGGAGGUCCGCAGGCCAUAUUAGGUGAGACGAUGGGUUUGCUUAGCCUCAGUGUUUGAAACAUUUGGAAUUAGUUGCCAACACCUGAAACCAAGGAAAUUGCAUGUCCCAAUCUAUCAAUAGAUCAUGAAAACUGUAGAAAACCUACCUGUACUGCCCACUGGUGAAGCUGCAGAGGUGGCCCAUCUUUGCUCCGCCACAGUCCUCACCACUCCCUUUUGCCUCUCCAUGCCAUGCUGGGCUGGCUGGUACAGUAGGACCCCAGAUCCAGGGCAGCAUUUCUGUUUGGUUUCAGCUGCCUUGAAAAAGCCAAAGGCUUCCACCCAAUAGUCAGCUGUUCCCCUACCUUCCACUUCCAAGGCAAACUUCCCCUCUUCUUGUGUGCCAAGAGACAGAUCCUCCAAUUCAAGAGCAAAUGUGUAUUUUGAUUACACCAAGAAGCCCCAGAUGAAAUCCUUUGCCCUCUGCUCUGCUGGCUGAAGGACAUUCAUGUGACAAGGCUUUGGACUUGUUGUCUUGACUCUUUUCAUACACUUGAGAUUUAAUUUAGAAAAAAAAAAAAGAACUGGGACUUCCCUGGUGGUCCAGUGGCUAAGACUUACGCUUCCAAUGCAGGGCGCCCGGGUUCAAUCCCUGGUCAGGGUACUAGAUCCCACAUGCCACAACAAAGACCUGGUGCAGCCAAAUAAAUAAAAAGAAUUUUUAAAAAAAGAACCAAAGAGAACUAUGUAAAUAAAAGCAUCUUAUAGCUUUUUCUCACCUGCCCGGGGUUUCUACCUAUUAAAAAUCAAGGUUGGGGUCUUCCCUGGUUGUCCAGUGGUUGAGAAUCUGCCUUCCAAUGCAGGGGACACAGCCUCCAUCUGCGGUCCAGGAACUAAGAUCCCACCUGCUACGGGGCAACUUAAGCUUGAGCGUGGCAAUGAAGACGCAGCACAGCCAAAAUAAAAAAAGAAAAGAACUCCAGGUUGCACACAAAUGUUAUAGGUUUGCAGCCUACUGGCAGGCUUUAUUCCUGCUGAGCUUGAUGACAGCCUAGCAGCGGUGGCAGAGCUUGGCUUUGGCAGCCCAGAGGUGGCUCGGUCCUGCUCCUCAUCGUGACCUGGGGCCGGGCGGCUCUGCUCACCAGGCCCUUGGGGUAGAGGGGAGGCUUCUUUGUGUCCAGAGAUGCUCCGCCCUGCCCCGCCACAUCACACCCACCACUCUGCAUCUCUGCCAGCGCCCAGGAUGUGGAAGUGGUAAGUGAUUCCCAACUGAACAUAUAAAAAUUAAUAUUCCUCUUGGCUGGGGUCUGGCCCUCACGCAGCUCAGGGCCCAGGGAGCACCACUGCCUCUGCCUGUGUCCUGCUGCCUAGUUUCUGCAGGCAGCCUCGGGGAAGCAUCUCCUGGGCCCUGUUGAGACCUGCAGGUUGCCAUGCUCGGUGGAGCGAGCAUCCCCUAGGACAUGUGUGCGUCCAGAGCUGCUCUGGACUUGUGUGCUGUCCAGCGGGCAAGACAGGACAGAGGACGAGAUGGUUGGAUGGCAUCACCGAAUCAACGGACGGGAGUUUGAACAAGCUCCAGGAGACGGUGAAGGACAGGGAAGCCUGUCAUGCUGUGGAACGUGGAGUCGCAAAGAGUCGGACAUAACUGAGCAACUGAACAAAAAGAGAGCUGCUCCUGAAGUGGCGCAGGUCGUGUGCAUUUGACCACUGAGGCUGCUGCUUCUUUCCUCAAGUCCUGUGGGCCCAAGGUCCCUGUCAGUCACUGGUUCUGAGUGCAGCUGUUCUUCUUGCCUGCGCCUCCCUUGGAAUGGCUCCUACACCAGUAGUGCUGGAGCCCUGGGGCUGGACCCCAUGCCCUUGGUCAGCCGGCUGCUUCUCUGGCUGGCGGGGUCCCAGCAGCACCUGACUCCUUGAUCGCACGAGGGGCGGGCCAGGUGAGUGACAGACACAGAGAGGCCUCAGCCAGCCCAAUGCGGUGAUUCUGAUCAUCAAGGACCCGACUCACAGCCACAGGUUUCUUUCCUCCUGGUCAGAGGCCAGGCAGACAGUCCACUGGGGGUCAGACUCCCAGGCCCUGCUGCUAGAACUGGCUGAGGCAUUUGGGGAUUUCAUUUAUUUAUUUUUGUUUGCCUGGGGUGUUUCAUUAUUUUUUUUAAGUCACCGAGUUUGCAAUCCAGCUUCAAAAAAAAUAAGCAGAGCCAACUAUAGGGUGCAGAACAGUUGAUCUGGGAACUUCCCUGGUGGUCCAGUGGUUAAGACUCCACACAUCCAAAGCAGGGGACGCUGGUUCAAUCCCUGGUUGGGAAAGUAAGAUCCCACAUGCCAUGCCAAAAAUAAAAAGAGCCAGGCUUCCCCAGUGCGUUCCCCUUCGGCUAGGAGUGGCCCCACAGGUGAGGCCAUGUGAGCCUUGGUGAGGCUGCCUUGGGUCCGGCACGUCUGCGCCUGUAGGAAAGUCCUGCCAGAAGGUUCCCUCUGCCCGGGGGUGACUCAGUUCGCCUGUCUUCAGCAGCAAAGGACAGUAGGGGACCCCGGCCCUGCAAGCCCAGCCAGUGGGGGGGCACCAGUGCCGGACGCCAAGACUGUGGGUGCUUUUUAGUUGCCUUAUUUAUUUAAAUAUGAAAGAACAUUUCAUUUCUGCCCAGUCUGAAAGUUGGUCCCCUGGGGAGUGAGAAGGCGGCUGGUGUGGGAUCACAGGCGGCGGGGGGCUCCCCCGCAGAACAUCCUGGAGCCUGGCCUGAUCCCAGUGGGUAGGAGGGGAUGCUCUGGCUUCAGAAAAGCCAUGAUCCCGGGAGACGCCCC